AUGUCACAAAAUCAAGGUAAGAAAGACGACCGGAAGAAAGAUGUGGGUCAAAAGCCAAUACAGAAGAAAGUCCCUGAUAAAAAUAUGUCGGAGAUUGAUGAACACAUACUUAAACGGUUCGAAGUCAAGAAAAGGCUUGGGAAAGGCGCUUACGGUAUCGUUUGGAAGGCUGUUGAUAAAAAGACCAAGGAUGUGGUGGCGAUUAAGAAAAUAUUUGACGCUUUCCGGAACCAGACAGAUGCUCAGCGGACUUUUAGGGAAAUAAUCUUCCUCCAGUCAUUCCGGAACCAUCCUAAUGUUGUAAAGCUACAUAGUAUACACAGGGCUCUGAACAACCGUGAUAUAUACCUUGGCUUCGAAUACAUGGAGACUGACCUCCACAACGUGAUCAAACGUGGUAAUAUCCUCAAGGACAUACAUAAGCGGUACAUUAUGUAUCAAAUGCUGAAGGCGACCAAGUACAUACAUUCAGGCAAUGUCAUACAUCGAGAUCAGAAACCUAGUAAUGUUUUGAUUGAUAGCGCUUGCAGGGUGAAGCUAGCAGACUUCGGUCUAGCGAGAUCGGUGUCCAGUCUGUACUCAGGUGGAGAGGAAGGAGCUGAUCCAUGUCUUACUGAUUACGUGGCUACUCGCUGGUACAGGGCGCCUGAAAUACUCAUCGCCAGCAAAAAUUACACUAAAGGCAUAGACAUGUGGUCUCUGGGCUGCAUUCUAGGCGAGAUGUUGACUGGCAAGCCGCUGUUCCCUGGCACUUCCACCGUCAACCAGGUCGAGAGGAUCAUGUCUGCGUUACCUAAACCUUCGCCUGAGGACAUAGCGAUAGUGUGCAGUGGCUACGGCUCAUCCCUGAUCAGGGAGCAAGCGAGCAACUCUUCAGGUGGAGCCUCUCUGUCGUCACUUCUGUCCUGUGCUCCGAGAGACGCUGCAGACUUAGUCCAAAGACUGCUUGUAUUCAACCCUGCCAAGAGGCUAAGCGCUGAACGGGCUUUGGACCAUGAAUAUGUUGGCAAAUUCCAUCGCGAGCGUGACGAGCCGACUCUGAUGUCAGAUGUCCUUCUGCCUUUAAGGGAUGACAAGCAGAUGUCAGUCGAUGACUACAGGAAUAAACUGUACAGCAUUAUGGCGAAGGGAUCCCAGGCUUACGCGGGACAACAUAGGAAAGUACAUUCUAGCAACAAAACACAUCCCCUACCGACAACCACAAGCAAAAGCAGCAAGAAUUUCCAUGAAACGGAACUAGCGAAGUCAUACUCGAAGACCAAACACUUGAGUUCUUCAGCAGACACCAAGAGUCGCCCAAAAUUACUGAGACCUCAACUAGAGAGGCCUUUGAAGGAGCAGAGAUCUGAACAGAGCGUCGCAAAACCCCUUAGAGCGACGAAAAUAUUUGAACAACGACAUGAAUGGGUGGAAAACACGAAUUGCCAUGGAGACUACUUCCAACCAGUGAUGAGACAAAGUCCUUCAGAAACCGGCUUCAUGAGUGGAGGUAAGAAAACUUUGCAGCACAGGAGGAAUUCCACCUCGUUUUCGACGGUCACUAUUGGGGGUGAUGCGGACUAUGGGAGCUGUGGGAAGCAAAGACAUGGGGUCAUUACAGCCAGUGCCCUCAUGGACUUAAGAACUAGCAUACGAUAA